AUGUUCAUUUACUUUGCCAUCUUGCCCGUGUUGUUAGCGUUGUCGCCGGGAAGUCAUGAUCCAGAGAGCUUGGAUCCGAUUCAAGGGUUUCGAAUACUGUUUAAGAAGUGUGAUCAGUUGAAAAAGUUCGUGCCGGCGGACGCGGCACAAGCUGAUUUGUGGUUUUUUUGGACGGUGAAUGCGGCCUUGUCAGUUAACAAAUUCCGUGUCGACUUGCACAGUGGUGAUGUAAUAAGCAAGACGUAAGUGGAGGACUUUUUUCUUCAUACUUUCAGCGUCGCUACACACGAUCCUCCAGCACCCAGUUCUCCCUCCGCAAUUUGGAAUCAUGAUUUGACAAACUUUGGAUACUACGUACAGCUUGAACAGUAAGUUGACUGCAGACAUGACUCUAUUUCUUCAGCCAAGCUUUCAAGUGGGACGAACCUCCGGCACCCCGGCUAGACAUGGGAACCACGACCGGUACCUACUAUGGAUUUGCGACCGAAGAUUAUGUGUACACCCAGGUUGUACGGGAAGAUGGGGCUCGCAAGUUUGCGCGUUGGAAAGUCGAUUUGAGCGGCGAAAUUGAAAUCAUCGGCGAUGCCAGCCCUGAGGAUCAUGUGCUCUUCCUUCAACACGAGUCUGGGCUCAUGUACUAUUUGACGGAUAAUGAAUGUCUUCAAGCCGAUGACCUCGUUGAGUUGGUAAGUCAGAGAAAGGUUUUUCGCUUUGAGGGGAACACUUGACUCAUUGAGGAAAACUUGACUCAAUGGGUCAAGUGUUUCUCUCAAAAGUUGCCAUCGCCCAGAAUCAAACAGAAUUACUUCAAAUCGAUGAUCUAAAUCAUUUGGAGAGUAGAGAAAAGUUGUAUGCUUUGAGGGAAACACUUGACUCAAUGAGUAAAGUGUUUCUCUCAAUAGUUGUUGCGCAAUAAAUAUUAUUCCGUUGGAAAAGUCGCUGGAGUGAUUUUUGCGAGAGAAACACUUGACCCAUUGAGUCAAGUUUUCCUCAAUGAGUCAAGCGUUUCCCUCUAAUCUAGUAACGACUUUUUUACUGUCUAAGAAAGUACGCACCGUUCGAGACAAGGUUAUUUUCUUAUUUUUUUUUUGCUUUUCAGUCUGACGGUUACGAACUCUUCACCGCAUGCGACACCACCAAAGGAAUGUUCACUCGCUCGGAUUUGAACAAAUGGUACAGUAUGGUAAGUCUUGUACAAGUCUUAAUUCGCUGAUUUAUCAGUAAACUUCGUCAGUUUCCUUUUCAGAGUGCCUUUGCAUGGCUAACCAGAGGGUGCGAUAGUCCGAUUUGGAGCAUCUAUUGGGCCCACGUUUUCGUCAAGAUUCGAUUCCUCCCGAGAGAUACACCGGUAAGGAAAAGGAGGGGAUUUGAGAGGAUUUUGUUGAAAACAAUGAGAAACACUUUAUAUUUCUCAAUUUUAGGCAGUUGAACCCAUCACAAGAUACACUGCCUCGGCUGGUACAACUAUCAACACCACAGAACCAGCUGCUGUAAAUGCGACAACGACCCAUGAUACCAAUGCAAGUGCAAUGCCAACAACAGUUUUGGCUGAGACGUCGUCACUGAGGUAAAUCAGGAAGUGAAAAAAAUCUGUUCAGUGCAGAAAUUUAGAUUUUUUGGUCUUCUAUUGCGGUGUUCUUUGCUGUGUGAAAUUGGCGGAAAAAAGGGCCAAAAAUAAUUUUUCGUUUGGUUUUUUGACGUAAAUUGAAGAAGUUCCACAGAUUAACCACCACUCAAAAAAAUUAAAGGUCAAUGUUAGCUGCGCCCAGGAAAAAAAUGGGAGCCUAACCCUAGCUUAUCUACAUUAGCGGACCUAAUUCAGUGGCAAAAAAACGCAUCAUUUUGCAUUCGGGAAGUAUCAAAAAUGUGGCAAAAUAUGUCCCUCUUAAAGUUAAAAAGAAAGUUUUUUCAAAAGCACGCCCUUCAAAACCGAGUUUUUUUAGUUGGAGAGGGAGGAAUUUUGCUGCUUUUUUUGAUGCUUCCCGGAUGCAAAAUGGUACGUUUUUGCCACUGGAUCAGGUCCCUCACUGUAAGCUUAGGCUAUGCCUAAGUAAGAUAAAUAAGUAAGAUAAGGUUGGGCCAGCUGAAAUAUUAUAACAUGGGCAUAGUUAACUUUUGUAUAAAAUGCCUUCUGCAGGUCGCUCCCUUUUCAUUUUCCCAAGGCUUCAUUUUUUUUGGCUUGUGGCCAAUCUGUGGAACUGUUACCAAAAAAUCUCAUCCGUAUCUGCAAAACGCGAAAUAAAAAUUUCGAAAAAUGUUGUCUCCUUUGAUAAAUUUGAUCAAUAUUUCAUCAAUACCUUCCCUUCAAAAUACGACCGUCUAUUUUUAGCCCGGAAGAACCGGUAUUGGGAAACACAACCAUCUACUUUAUUGUCGGCUUGAGCGUCGGCGUUCUCUGCCUUCUCUUCAUUGUUUCCAGUGCCUUCGCGUUGGUCAAGAAAAGAAGGAAAAAGAAGAAGACGCGGGUAAAAAUCUUAUUUUUGGUCCUAGAAUGGCGUCGAGUUUUUUUAGACACCAAGAAAACCUAAGAUACAGGCACAGAAGUGCAGUGUCACGAAUGACAGUACGACGGACACCGUGGAAAAGGGCUUGAAGACCGCCAGUGGCGAGAUUAAGAGCUCGAGGAAUAAGUUUUCGUCGGCGGAAACUGUGGAAAAAAGUGAUGAUUUGAAGGAGGCAAAGACACAAACAAAGGCAGUGACAAAGACUCGCUCUAAACGCUCUAAAUCUAAGCGCUCAACCACCGGGAAUCAGCAAUCGUUCAAGGUAAGGGGGGAAAAUGAAAAUAUUUGUGACUGCACUGUGCAGCCGGAAAAAUACCAUUUUUUUAUUUUUUUUGCACCGUGCGGCAAAAAAAAAUUUGUGCACGGUGCAAUUGGAAAAAUUUAUGCUGCACUAUGCAAUUAGAAAAAUACUUUUUUCGACAAAAAAAAAUUUUUUCUGUUUAAAUUUUUUUUGCACGGUGCAGUUGCAGUUGAAAAUACUUAUGACUGCACUGUGCAAUCAGACGAAUAUUUUUUUUCGAUCAGUUUUUUCAGAAUUUUUUUUAUUUUUUUAGUCUCAAAAAACCUUUUUUUUUUGAUUUUGCACUGUGCAAUCACAAAAAUAUGUUUUUUUUUUUAUAUUUUUUUUGCACCGUGCGGAAAAAAAUUUUGGCACGGUGCAAGUAGAAAUAAAAUAUAUAUUUUUUUUGAAACGUGAUAAAAUUUAGAUGUGUGCCUUUUUAGACUUUCACGGGCUCGAUCGACGAAAAUUUAUUCCCCAAAACAGAUGCCAAAGAUAAUCACACCAAGGUAAGAACGAGAAUGCACCGUGCAUUCAAUUUUUUUUUUCUUGCACCGUCCAGGCCAUAAAAAUGGCGACUGCACUGUGCAAUGGGAAAUUAAUUUUACGCACAGUGCAUUUGCUUUUGCUUCACAGUUGUCGCACUGUGCAACAGAAUUUGGAUUUCCCCACAACGCACUGUGCAAUGAAAAGCCGGUUUUUGCAGGGUGCGCUCGACAUUUGUCGUUGAAGAUUUAUCGUCGCACAGUGCGGUUUGAGGUUGAGGUUUUUUGCACUGUGCGAUAGGCAUUUGUCGCCGAAGUUUAAUCGUCGCACAGUGCGGUUUGAGGUUGGGCUUUUUUGCACUGUGCGGUGGGAAUUUGUCGCAAGUUUCUUUCCAGGAAUUCGGUGCAAUUUUGAGCGUUGAAAAUCAAACUUUUGAUUUCACUGCACAGUGCGGUUUUAAGUUUGAGGAAAUUUGUUUUUCUGCACGGUGCGAUUAAUUUCUUUUUCCGGCACUGUGCGAAAAAAAUGGUUGUGCACUGUGCGACUAAUAAGGCUUUUUUUGCACAAUCUCGAAUGUAUUACAAAAAUGUGAUCAAUUGAUUUCCAGGAUUCCACUGCAAACAUUCUUCUCAGCCCGGAAAUUGAGAAGAUUUUUGACCAGAACGAAGUGGAAGGGGUCGAGGCAGAGCUCCCCGAAAAACCUCUGGACAGACCACCGGAGCCUCGCGAAGGCUUGUUUUGUACCUUCGGAAAGAUUGGGGUCACCAUCCCGGCCAAGACAUUCGACAAAACGUUUGGCGAAUUCGAAGUGGAAAUGGGCGGAGAGUUGUGCACGGUGCAGUUUGAAGAUGUGAAAUCUGAAUUGAACAGGAUUGAGGUAAGUGGGAAAAUAGGUUUUAUAUGGAUGCUUUUAAAGUCGUUCGAGUGACUUUUGGCGUUUGCACGGUGCACAAAAAUUCAGAGUGCGAGCAACGGGCCAAAAAAACCCAUUGUACGGUGCAAAAACAAGGAAUUGCACAGUGCAAAGUAGGUUUCUUGUUUUCGCACAGUGCAUGUCGCAAAAAUCAAUCGACUUUGAGCACUGCCGCAUGCACUGUGCAAGCGACAUGCACUGUGCAAUUUUUUGCUUUUUGCACCGUGCAAUAGGCUUUUUCGGGCUAUCGCUCGCACCCUGACGUUUUCUGCACAGUGUAUUUCGCAAAAAUUAUUCCAGCAACUGCGACGAAUUAAUUUUGUGCAACAACUGUUGAGAGACACACUUGACCCAUUGAGUCAACUGUUCCUAAAUGAGUCAAGUGUUCCUCUCAACACAUGAUCGUUUCUCUGGCUCACCAAUUGAUUGAGAUCAUCAAUGUGAAGUAAUCUUUCUCUGAUUCUAGGCGAUGGCCGCGGUAAUGAAACAAGCCAAAAAGAACCAGAAAAAUGGAACCAUCCCCGACUUUAUCGACACAAUCCAAUUGAAAGACUUGAACUGCCGGUUGUUGGUGUUGAAAAAGGUGAGCUCAAAUGCGUAUUUUAGAAUCAAGAAAAGGCUAUUUUUUGAUGUUAGGUAUAGGCGACAGAGCAAUUUUUUGCUGCUGAUUUUUUGAAAAUUUUUAGCUUGGUCCCUCCAUUGAAAAACAAGUUUUGAGUGGUACUCUGAGCACCGAAGAGAAGCUGAAACUGGUUUCCCUGACCUUCAAUUGCAUGGAGGAUCUACUCUUUUCAAACAUUGUCCAUCGAGACAUCAAACCUUCAAGUUUUCACUAUGAUUUUGUUGGCGCAAAAGUCCUCAUUUCCAACCUUGGAUUAGCCAGAAUCACUCCAAAGACCCCUCGUCUGAAGCUGCCAUUCUUUGGGAACCUCGUUUUCUGCAGUCUAUCUACCCAUUUGAAUCUGGAGAGGACCCAUUUUGAUGACAUGAUCAGCUAUUUUUAUGUAGUCAUGUGGAUUUUCAACAAGGAUUUGUUGAUUUGGAGUAGCGAUAAUGACGUAAGCAGUCUUUUACACUCUUCGGAGCUUCUAAUUUUAGAUUAUUUCACCUUGUUUUACCUCCUUAUUAUUUUAGAAAACUGUCGUUUAUCAGCUCAAAUCUGAUAUGUUGGAGGGAAACGUGUUCGAAGAGCGUGUGGAAAAGUUCAUCCAGGACAAGAAGAUCAUAGAUUUCCUUGGCCAUCUCUUCCGCCUCAUCCUCAAAUUACCCACAAAACGACCAUCUUAUCGGAGAAUCAAGGAACUUAUCGAGAAGAGCAGUUAG